AUGGGUCAUCUAACGACCCUUGCGACUUGUUCGCUAAACCAGUGGGCCCUAGAUUUUGAGGGCAAUGCCGAACGUAUCAUCGAGAGUAUUCGCCUUGCUAAGGCUGCUGGAGCUUCACUUCGUGUCGGCCCUGAGUUGGAGAUAACUGGCUAUGGAUGUCUAGAUCACUUCCUUGAAGGCGAUACCUAUCUCCACUCGUGGGAGAUGUUCGCUAGAAUUCUAAACAACGAGGAGUGUCAAGAUAUCAUCCUCGAUAUUGGAAUGCCAGUAGCCCAUAAGAACGUCCGCUACAACUGCCGUGUCAUCGCUCUGAACCGUAAAAUACUCCUUAUUCGUCCCAAGAUCUGGCUCGCCAAUGAUGGAAACUACCGUGAGAUGCGAUACUUCACACCAUGGUCCCGCCCACGCCACACAGAAAACUACUACCUCCCACGAAUGAUCACGGAAAUCACAGGACAGUCUCAAGUUUUAUUCGGAGAUGCCGUUAUCUCCACACCCGAUAGUUGUAUCGGAGCCGAGACGUGUGAGGAAUUGUUUACACCUGAUAGUCCACAUAUUCCGAUGGGACUUGACGGUGUUGAGGUUGUAACGAAUUCCAGCGGGAGUCAUCACGAGCUUAGGAAGUUGCAUACUCGAAUUGAAUUGAUACGGAAUGCGACCUUGCAACAUGGUGGGAUAUAUCUCUAUUCCAACCAGCAGGGAUGCGAUGGUGACCGGCUAUACUACGAUGGUUGCGCUAUGAUCAUCAUCAAUGGAAAAGUCGUGGCACAGGGAACGCAGUUUUCAUUGAAUGAUGUGGAAGUGGUUACCGCUACUGUCGAUCUUGAGGAAGUUCGAAGCUUUAGGUUUGCUCCAUCAAGGGGGCUACAAGCCGUUAACAACAGUAAAACUUACACAAGAGUCGAAGCGACGAAGGCAUUGUCGAAGGGUGGAGAGUAUAUUCAUCCGGCUGUCAAACCGUCGCCUGAGAUUCCGGUUCGAUACCAUACACCAGAGGAAGAAAUUGCACUUGGGCCAGCAUGUUGGCUUUGGGAUUACCUGCGGCGAUCGGGAACGGCUGGAUUCUUUCUCCCGCUCAGCGGUGGUAUUGAUAGCUGUGCAACUGCUACAAUUGUUCACUCCAUGUGCCGAUUGGUUAUCGAAGCCAUCGAAAGAAACGACAAGCAAGUCAUCUCUGACGUUCAAAAGAUCACAAAAGACCCUUCAUUCGUUCCGACGACUCCACAAGAACUUGCCAACCGUAUCUUCCACACUUGUUUCAUGGGGACUGAAAACUCUAGCAAUGAAACUCGAUCCCGUGCGAAGGAGUUCGCAGAGGCGAUUGGUGCCUACCACGUUGAUCUAAACAUGGACACCCUCGUCACCGCAGUUAGGGAACUGUUUACUUUCGUCACCAACAAAAAACCUAGAUUCUUCGUCCACGGUGGUACAAAAACCGAAAACUUGGCCCUACAAAACAUCCAAGCCCGACUUCGUAUGGUCAUCGCCUAUCUCUUCGCUCAACUCCUCCCAUGGGUCCGCGGCUUCGAAGGCGGGCUUUUGGUCCUAGGAAGUGCGAAUGUGGAUGAAUGUCUUCGCGGUUACCUCACCAAAUACGAUUGUUCAAGUGCAGAUAUUAACCCCAUCGGUGGAAUUUCAAAAACGGAUCUGAAGAGGUUUAUUGCGUACGCUAGAGAUCAGUAUGAGAUACCUAUACUUCAUGAGUUUUUGACAGCUACGCCGACCGCGGAGUUGGAACCUAUUACCCAGGAAUAUGUACAGAGUGAUGAGGCGGAUAUGGGAAUGACAUAUGACGAACUUAGCGUUUUUGGUAGACUGAGGAAGGUGGAGAAGUGUGGACCUUAUGCGAUGUUUACGAAGUUAUUACAUGUUUGGUAUCCAAGAUUGACGCCAGCAGAGAUCGCGACGAAAACCAAGAACUUUUUUUAUUACUACUCUAUCAACCGACACAAACAAACUACCCUCACGCCUUCGUAUCACGCAGAACAGUACUCUCCAGAUGAUAAUCGGUACGACUUGCGACCAUUUUUGUAUCCAAGAUUUUCUUGGCCAUGGAAGAAGAUUGAUGCGGCGUUGGAACAGAUUGAGAAGGUUGAGGCGGAAAGGGAGAAGAAGUUACAAUAG